AUGGCUGCUCUGGCGAGGCGCGUGGGGCGGGGUCGACAAGACGCUCGGGCGGAGGCGGCUGGGAGGAGGAGCCCGGGCACGAGGAGGCGGCGGCGUGCUGGUGAGCUCGGGAGGAGGCGCGAGGGGUCCUCGUGGCUGCUGCUGCUCGCCGGCGACGGCUGGGGGCGGGGGGUCGGCGAGACCCUCGGGCGGAGGCGGCUGGGAGGAGGAGCCCAGGCCCGAGGAGGCGGCGGCGCGCUGGUGAGCAAGCUGGGGAGCUCGGGAGGAGGCGCGAGGGGUCCUCGUGGCUGCUGCUGCUCGCCGGCGACGGCUGGAUCAGCUGGUUUUCUGCGCGCGGGGGGAGGGGGUGUUUAUGCAGAAAAUGCCACGUCGGCACCCGACAGGCGGGCCCCACCAGUCAGAUAUACCGUCAAUACGUGUUUAUACGCGAUUUAG